AUGUGGAUCCAACUUAUUAUUUCCAUCGUUCUUCUCACAAACAACUUGAUAUCAGCAUCAGUCGUUGAUGUGAUUUCUCCUGAUUAUUACAUCAAUUCGAGUAAAAAGCAAGGAAUCUUCAUAAAUUUUCCUGUUAUUUCCCCAGAAACAGAAAGGCGGCUUGAUACAUGUUUCAAAGAGUUGUUUACCAAUUCUGGGUGGUUUAACUGUGUGAUGGAUCUAGGUGAAGACUCUUGUAAUUGCAUAGUAUACCAACUAGCCUCCGAAGAUUGUAUAAAGAAAUACAUCAAUAAUCAUGAAUUCAUCCAAGUGUUCGAUGAAUUUACCGCCAAAGCUUGUCAAUCCGAAAAUAUCAACAUUAUUUUAGAUUACGACGAGUCGGAAGAUUUAACAAUAUUAUCUCAUCCGGAAACAAUUGCCAAAAAACUCAAAAGCCUCGCUGCAAAACUUGGCUUCUUUGAUUCCUGUACUGAAGGUUUCAAUAAUUGUUACCACGAUAUGGAAAAGGAGAUCACAGAUUGUGUUAAUAACAAUGAAAGUUAUGCAAAAUUUUGUAAUUGCUAUUUUUCAAAGAAAUUGAAAAGCUCUUGUCAGAAAUAUUGUUAUGACGAAACAAAUGCAACAACAAAAUUUGAUUUUAUGACUCAAAAGGUUUGCAAAGAUGAUUAUUACCAAAGCAGAAUAUGGAAUGGUAGGAAGGUAAAUGAUACUUUCGAAGAAAUUGUUACGAUAAGUGAUAUACUCAUGUCUAACGAUGAUAACGGUGAUGAUGAUGUUAGAACUUUAGACUUCUUAUUUGAUUUAUUAGGAAAAGAAUAA